AUGCCAUUGGUCCUCUAUUCACGACUACAACUCAUCGUCUCGGAGAAACUUCUCAUGCGCUACAUCCUCUUCAUGAUAAUCAUAAACGCCAUCAUCCUACAUAUUCCAAUGACCAUUCUCUUCUUCGGCGUGAACCAAGGCAUCACACGACUGGACCGCGCAGCAAACAUCUAUGACAGGAUCCAGGUUACAGGGUUGUUCCUACAAGAUUUUGUCAUCUCCGCGUUCUACAUUUACGAAGCACGUCGCGCCCUCCAACCGGUACUAGAAGUGCGCGGGCGCGAAGGUCGAAAAGUGAUCAUUCACCUGAUAGUAGUGAAUGUGAUUGUCGUGAUAUUGAACAUUCUCGUCAUAAUAUUGGAAUUCAAAGCCCACUACCUCGAAGUCAGUUUCAAAACAGCGGUAUACAGUAUUAAGCUGAAACUGGAACUCGCCAUUCUCACACGCCUGCGCUUGUUAACGCGCACAGUACCCUGUGCCUGUACCGACCAGCCCAAUACACCACGACGUUCAAGCGACAUCAACGUCUUUGAUAUGGCACUGGCGAGAUCACGUACGCGACCUGAUAUCGAGUCUCCCUCUCUUUUUCUGGGUGCGUCUCCAUCCCCACGACGCCUUUCGUUUCGUGGAAGUACACACAAAUCUCAUCAGGCAUUUCGGGAAACCACCUCGACCGAGAAUAUGAUUUCACCUGUUAAUAUAUGUGGGAUUGUUGACACCCCCGGCGAGAAGACUGGAAACCGUCCCAGGAUUGGCUCAGCGGACACCGGUCUACUGUUGAGAUAG